UAGGUGGGUGAGUCUCCCAACAAGAUUUAAUGGAAACUCGAACUUGAGACCUCCAUUAAGCAGCAUCAAGCUGCUUACCACAUUAAGCCAGCUCUUGUUAGUAUCUCACAAUUACUCUAGAAUAAUAAUCCCAAUUUAAAAAAAAAAAAAUCCAAACUAAUAUUUUAUUACAUUUGUUAACAUUCAUUGUCCUGGACACCUGCAUGCAUUCUCCAUAUCCAGAAUAUUUUUUAAAAGAAAAAACAAAACCGCCCAUACUGAUACUGUUAUCUUUAACGGUGAAAACUGAAAAUACUCUGCCUAUUUUUCACUUCUUAACAGAAACUACAAAUAAUAAUCCUUAUCCUUUUGCCGCCAUCAUUCUCAAACCCAAACAAACUCAUCAGCAUCACUCUAUAAUAGCUAACCAGAUAAUCGAUUUAAAUCAUCCCGACUAAAAAUUCAAAAAUGUUGAGAAACGAAAAUGAUCCACAAAUUAGGGUUUUAUAUGAUCUAUUUUCAAUGAUAAUUCACAUACUCCGGUGGCCUACACCGGUAACUCACCGUUUUCCGGCGAGAUUUUCGCCGGAAAUUCCAUCAUCAUCCUCAUCAAUUCGCCGUAAUACGACGCCGUAUUAUACAACGCAGAUGUCUCCGGCGUCUUUUGCUUGCUUAUUUUUGGGGAUUUCGCUGACAUUGAUGGUAUUUGGAUCUGUGGCGUUUUUGAUUGGAUUUAUAUUGAUGCCCUGGAUAAUUGGAUUGGUUUUGAUCUUCUAUUUUGCUGGAUUUCUUUCGAGUUUGUCUGAUUUUGGACAAUCUUUUCUUACCUGGGCUUUAUUUCCUCAAGAUGUUCCUGCUUGGAAACGCUUAUGAGGAAUUGAGGAUUACAUGGCUGGUCAACUGUAGAGAGAAUUUUGGGUUGCUGAAUUACAAUUGCUGUAUUUUCCACAUGUUAGUGUUGUAAGAUUGUUUUUCUCCUUCAUAAAUUUUAUGAACGGCUUCUGGAUUCUCAUAUUCUUGCUGAGUGUAUGUGAUAAUUGCUCAUUCGGUUAUGUAGCAUGUCAAAAACAAUUGUGCCAGCCAACUUUUUAUGUUCUGUUUAAUGCUGGCAGUAAUUUCCAGGCUAUUGUUUAA